AUGCAGACACCGACGGUUAGUUUCAAGAAGCCCAUCGGAAGUGUGAGUGUAUCUGGCCAUAAGUUUGUGGGAUGUCCAAUGCCAUGUAGUGUGCAGAUAAAAAAAGGGAAUUGGCGUCAUGCUAAAUCAACUGAGCAGUACAGUCGUUUGCGAGACCACAUGAUGAGGAGUUGCAGCUUGCUUGUGACAGUAAAUAUGGCACAUACAAUUGUGAUGUCGAAGGUCACCGUUGAGAAGCUGGAUUACUUUUUGAACAAACCAGUUAAAGGACGAUCAAUCUGGUAUAAAGACGAGAAAGUUCGGCAUCCUUGUCUUGCAGAAGAUACCGCAAGAGACAACUGCUCUUGCACACUUCAUAAGUAA